AUGGCGAAUCCUAAACAGUUGGUCUCUAAGCGCAACCGGUUCUAUGAACCAGAGACUAGCAGCAGCGGCGAUGACGAAGAUCCCGACCCGCCCGUCACCAGAUCUAGGGCGUCGAACAAGGGCGACAAUACUACUGCUCCCAGCCCGCCGACGAAGGACUCCGGAAGGGCUUCUAGGUUCGCGUCUCAUGUUGUGGAAAAGGCGAAGGAGCCCGUGCCGGACGACAUGGUGGCCGCUAUCGCCCGGAAUUAUAAGAAGGCAUCUUACACCAACCUGAUGCUCAUGAAUCACCGAGGUGUCGGAUGCGAGGUGGAUAAGGACGACUUCAUGUCCAUCGAGGACGAUCAGUGGAUUACAGAUGGGGUUAUCGACUUCCACAACGUGCUGCUUAGCAUCAGGAAACCAACGCUCCGCAACGGGAAGACAUGGGCCGCCAUGGACUGCAGGGCUUACACAAAUACGAAUGCGUGUGGAGCGCCGUUGACUCUUGGGAAUGGGCGGCCGCUUGUGGAACACGAUUAUCUGGCGAUCCCGGUGCUAGAAUCUGAGCACUAUUCGCUCGUCAUCGCUAUAAAUCCAUCGGUGCUCACCAAGUCGCCGAAAUCGAAGGGAAAAGAGCGCUUGACGUUGGUCUUGAUGGACAGCGCAAUCAAGAAUCGGAACACUGUCAAGAUUUUUGCAGGAACAAAGCUUGUGCUGUCUGAGCUCGCAAAGGCGAGCACCCCAAGCGCGAACACGGAGUUUGUGGACAAGACGCUGAAGGAGGCGUACUGCAUAAUUUUACGGGAGGAUAAGCUGCCACAGCAGCCUAACAAGGAGGACUGUGGGAUUUUUGUUUGCCAGUACCUCAAGACCCUGGUGAAUACCGACUUCGCCACGGUUCUUUCGGGCCUCUGGUUCCAGGGUGUGACACCGCACCAAUACAUGCGGGAGAUGCGGCGCGACCUGUGUGCACACGCGACCGGCGCUCUUUUGAAACAGCUGCAGGACCUGGGAAUUGAGAUCCCCCCGCAGGACGAAGGCCGGGUUACCGAUGAGGGUACAGUGGUGCAGGUGAAGAACGCUGCUGUGGGAGAUGGGAGGCCGGCACCGGUCACUCGCCCUGUGGAGGACGCACGGGUUACGGAGGUGAUGAGGCGUGUAGCCUCAUUGACGAACGAUUUGCUGCAAGGCGGUCUCGCGGGUACCGGCACGAAUGCAGAGGCGGGUGGCAACAAGACUGCGCCACGCACACCACAGCGUCCGUCUGCCCGUAAGAGGCGGGAUGACAGCAGUCCUGAGGAGGAUGGCGUACGCAACGGCACCCGGGUAGCACUGGCCUCCACGUUCGCUGCAUGUGAGCCGACAUCGAGCCUGCUGCCGAACCCGCUGCUCUCCCACGGUGCCAUACCUCACUGGAUGUUCACGCGCGGGAGGCAGCUGCUCGGGACGGGUGUGCCAGCUGGAGAUGACGCGUGGGGAGACACGCUCGGACAGGAGACGGUGAAGGGCGAAGAGGAGGAGGAUCUCGUGUCAGACUCAGACGACGAUGGCGAGGACGAGGAUACGUGUGCAACCACGUACACGGGUGUGAAGCUGGACAAACGGACUGGCAAGUUCGGCGUCAAGAUCUUGAUCAAAGAACGUGGAAAGCAUGACGGCACGGGUGCAGAGAGUGCAGAUUCGUCGGAGCGCAGUGAGGAAGAGGACGAGGAAAGCGAAGACACAUCUGCGUCAGGAUCACACGAGGAAUCCGCCGACCUGGGUGCUGGAGGGAAGACGAACGACGAUGGAUGUGCGGGAAUAUCCGCGGCCAAUGCUGACAUGCGCACACAUCAAGAUGCGCUGGACACGGAUGUGGCUCGAGGCGACGGCCGAGGACAGGCGGACGGACUUGUUGGCCGCACACGCGUGAACACCUUGGACGCCAACGGCGAUGACGUGCGCAUCCCUAGCCGGAUCCUCGAGCAACUCAUACAGGCGCAGGACAAGAGCGCCAAGGAGAACGCGCGGUUGGAGGCGCUGUUCUUGAAUGCGAUGUCUCGGCCUUCCGGUGGCUCUCGUAAGCGUAAGGCUCAGAAGCAGAGAAACCCGGGGCAGGGUUGUAUGAACCCGAAGCGUCAGCGUGGUGAGACGUGGAGUGGCGGGUCCGACGGCGACGGCGAGGAUGACGAUGACGACACGCAUGGUUCUGGUGGCCGUCAUAUGCGUACCGCCAAGUCUCCUAUUCUACAACGCGCGUUGGAGCAUUUGCCGACGGACAAGGCGUGGAAGAGGGUUUGCGAGCUGGCCAGGGUUCACAUGUUUCUCAACAGGCCGACGUCGACGAUGACCUUCUACCCGAGCAGCGACGAUAAGACUCACGGAGUGUGUGCGGUGCUGGACCGCCUGCCGCAUAGCUUCGCCUGUUUGGCGUUGGCGGCUGACAAGUCGCGUCGCACGGAUCUCAACAAGACGCUCUCUGAGUGGAAGACAAGGGCUGCCGCACGCGUGCGAGACAUUGCACUUCCCAAGCUCGGAUUGUUCCGCGACGACAGGGACGCAUGCAGCCUAUGGGCGCCCGAGAAGGCACGCAGUAUCGAUAAGAUCAGGGAGCGCAUUGGUCUUGGCGCUGACCCCCCUGGUGAGUGCAUUUUACCACAGCAGAGAGGGUUACCUACCUGGGCGAACGACCGCGAUGGCAUGUCGUUUGCCUCCCGGGCAUUCGCGACAUGUGCGAAGGCUGCAUUCAGGCCCAAGAAGGCCGGGCUGGUGAUGACACUGAAGGUGUACCACCUGGCCUGGUUGGAGCAUGUGGUCUCCGACUGCGUCCUCUACUGGGAGGAGAGGAAAGGCCGGCUUUCCAACUCGGCCGGCGGCAACGCACACGUCGUGGACGGCCUCAAGGUCCUGGUGAAGGAGGCCGUGGAGAGGGCGAUCAGGAUCCGCAACCCGGAGUAUGACGCGGAGCGAGAGGCGUGGAUCUGGGGGCGCCAUGGACUGCGCAUCUCUGCGUGCGGCCUGGAGCACAUGAAGCCCACCGCCGCAGCUCAGUCCGAAAAGCGUGCGGGGGACGACGACCUCUCGGCGUCAGUUGGUGAUGAGUAG